AAAGUGCUGUGUGGCAGAAGUUUGGGAAGCUUUGCGCUUGUUAAUGAUGUCGAUGUCUGAGGCCGAUUUGGAGCUUAUUUCUUCUGGUUUCACGGCUAUCCUCGGCUUCCAAGUUGUACCACCGAGUCGUGGUCAUGGUUUGCCUAAGCUUACCGUCCAGGAAUUGUUUAAGUGCACGUACAUUCCAAGUUCAAUGCAAGGCAAUAACCCUGGGGAAGUGUUUGAUAUUAAUGUAAAAUGUAUAAAUGGUUGGCAAAUAACAAUACAAGUAACAAACGACCACACCAUCGCUAAUAUCAAGGCUGACAUUGAGAUUAAGCACAACAUCCCCUCGAGGGACAUCAGACUGAUGUUUGAUGGGAGCGCUGUGGAAGAUCACCAAAGUGUACGAGACAUCGGCAUUCCAAGGGGUGGGAGAUUGUUUUUGAUGUUACGACUUAGAGGUGGUGGACCUGCUUUUCAGUUGGACCCUGAUUUAUUGGACGCACCGCACUCCUUUGAUUUUACCUACGUUAGGGAUGAUGGAAGAGUUUAUUAUCGAGGUGGAAAGGAGUACAAGAGGCCAUAUGGAUGGAAGAGGUUUGCCUUGAAGGUUCUUGACCGAUAUGAAGAUAACACUUGGCUUGGACCAGACGGAUAUCGAACACAGGAUGCCCCAGGUGAAUGGCCUGUAAGCUACCACGGGACAAACAUACAGUCUGCCCGAGCAAUCAUGUCUUCUGGAUACCGUCCCGGUCCGCGUCAAGCAUUUGGUAAAGCGGUCUAUUCCAGUCCUUCCAUUGACAUGGUUGAGGAGCGUUACGCACAAACCUUUGAACAUGAAGGCAGCACUCAUAAAGUCGUCCUUCAAAAUCGUAUCAAUCCUUCUCCAGGCCACUUUGUUGUCAUCCCUGCAGAGCAGACAGGGACUGGGGCCGAGUAUUGGUUAUCGCCGAUGCAUGACACAGAGAAGAACAUUCAUGAUAUAAGGCCUUAUGGUCUGUUGUUUAAAAAUAUCGGUAGCUAUUGUAACUUACUAUAAGCCAUCUGAGAUGACACAUAAACACAGAGACACAUUGUUUAAAUGGACAUUUAUGUCAAUCAAAAAUUUAACGUGCAAUGCAUAUCUACACUAGGCAGGUGCAUUUAGUGACUAGAGAUGGUUAACAAUCUCUAGAAAGGUUUGGAGUAUCCAACACUGUCCACUGUAGCUGAUUGUAUUUUCAGCGAUUUUUAGAGCUAGCAGUUUCUAACAUAAAGUUACGGUGAGACAUCA